AUGUCCAUCAAGGCCAAAAUCUACGAACAACGAAAGGAUGGAUGGGCAGCUAAAGAUGAGGACCUUGAAAGCUAUCUUCGCUCAAAUUCUAAAAUCUUGAAGGGCAACCAACCGGAGUCAACAUCCCUUCACUAUAUGCUUGAGGGUUUCUAUAGUAUGCCUAAUGAUAUAUGGACUAAGGUUCACUGGGAAUCAAACGGUUAUUAUGGUUGUAGCGAUGGUCGUGAUGAGGAUAUAGACCGACACGAUACCUGGUUCCGAUUCCUGGUGAAGCAGCUAUUCGAAAAGCCUGGGAAAGAUUUCCCCCAAGAUUAUGAUUAUAGUUGGGAUAAACUAGGAUUCUUUACUACCUGGAAAAAGUCUGGCCGUAAAUGUAUGCUGUGCUUAGACUGUCCUGAUGAUCUUGUUAAAGGCAUGAGGAAAUCUCUGGAGACGGCAUCUCCUGACCACUUCAUCGUCGACCCAUAUGCAUUUCACCAAGUUGCCAUCCGAGGUAUUGUUAAUCUGUAUGACAAGUCUAUUUGGAGAAUACGGGAUGUUGUUAGAACAGUGGAAAAGGCAGGUUCCAUAGAGAGAAUCAAUUCAGGCCUUUCUAAUAACAUCGGAGCCUCGUUACAGACCCGACCGAAAGCACGCAAACCAGAAGUUGACUACGACCAUCUCCAUGAAGCUGCUAGACACGUUAUUCACAGCACCGAAACUCUUCAAGUAUCCACUCAGCUUUUAGAGCAGAUUAUACUAAGACACAAAGAACGCUUGAAUUGUUUGGGAAAUAUACCAGAAGAAGAAAAGGUUUGCAUGAGACAGGUUGGGGAUAACCUCAUGUUCUACUAUGGAAUGAUACAUGCAUUCAAAUGCCGCUCCGAGUCCAUGCAAGCUCGUCAUCAGAACGAAAUACAAUUAGCAUUCAAUACCGUCGCGCAAUAUCACAGUCACGUUGCCGCUAUCGACUCCGCCGCCAUGAAGGUCAUUGCUGCACUAACAGCAGCUUUCUUGCCAGCCACGUUUGUUUCGGCAAUCUUCAGUAUGAGCUUCUUCAACAAUGGAGGAGACAACGGCACGAGCGCUGGUGGCGCCGACGGUGCGGGUGGUGACGAGGGCUGGUCACUUUCAGAUAAGUUCUGGAUUUACUGGGCGUUUGCGGUACCACUAACUGUCGCAACGAUCAUCCUCCUAGCCUUCAGCAAACAGAUAAUGCGUCGACUCGGGAUGGUAUAG